CCCAGCACGUAGGGUCUAUCCCGUUUCCCUAGGGAGCCCCCGAGCUCCUCCCCUCUCGUGCCCCACUAUUCGCGGGAGGGGCGGGGCGUCUCCGAGGAGGGCGGGGCCGGAGCUAGAAGCCAGAUUGAAAGCGGGCACAGUACCCUUUCGCACGGAGGACGCGAUGGCUCCUAGGAAACGCCCAGAAACCCAGAAGACCCCCGAGGUGGCUGUGCGCCCCAAGAGCAAGAGGAGCAGAAGCCCCCGGGAGCUGGAGCCCGAGGCCAAGAAGCUCUGUGUGAAGGGCCCUGGUUCUAGCAGAAGAUUUGACUCAGGCUGCCGCCUUUGGGCGGGGUUGGCUAGCCUGCAGGUCCCGCCACCAAGCAGCAUCGUCAGGGCCCUCCACCACCAUAAGCUAGGCAACGCCGUCUGGCCAUCACUGCAGCAGGGUCUCCAGCAGGCCUUUCUGCACUCUCUGGCUUCUUACCGGAUAUUCCAAAAGGCUGCCCCCUUUGACAGGAGGGCCACAUCCUUGGCAUGGCACCCAACUCACCCCAGCACCCUGGCUGUGGGUUCCAAAGGGGGAGAUAUCAUGCUCUGGAACUUUGGCAUAAAGGACAAACCUACCUUCAUUAAAGGGAUUGGAGCUGGAGGGAGCAUCACUGGGCUGAAGUUUAACCCUCUUGAUACCAACCAGUUUUUCACCUCCUCAAUGGAGGGAACAACUAGGCUGCAAGACUUUAAAGGCAACACUGUCCGAGUUUUUGCCAGCUCAGACACCUGCAACGUCUGGCUUUGCAGCCUGGAUGUGUCUGCCAGAAGCCGAAUGGUGGUCACGGGAGACAAUGUGGGGCACGUGAUCCUGCUGAACAUGGACGGCAGGGAGCUUUGGAAUCUGAGAAUGCACAAAAAGAAAGUGACCCACGUGGCCCUGAAUCCAUGCUGUGAUUGGUUCCUGGCCACAGCCUCCGUAGACCAAACAGUGAAAAUCUGGGACCUGCGCCAGGUUAGAGGGAAAUCCAGCUUCCUCCACUCACUGCCGCAUAGCCAUCCUGUCAACGCAGCUUGUUUCAGUCCUGAUGGAGCCCAGCUCCUGACCACUGACCAGAAGAGUGAGCUCCGGGUUUACUCAGCCUCCCAGUGGGACUGCCCCCCGAGCCUAAUCCCACACCCUCACCGCCAUUUCCAGCACCUGACGCCCAUCAAGGCAACCUGGCAUCCUCGGUACAACCUCGUUGUCGUGGGCCGAUACCCAGAUCCUAAUUUCAAAAGCUGUACCCCCCACGAAUUAAGGACGAUCGAUGUGUUUGAUGGAAACUCAGGGAAGAUGAUGUAUCAGCUCUAUGACCCAGAAUCUUCUGGUAUCAUUUCGCUCAAUGAGUUCAAUCCCAUGGGGGACACGCUGGCCUCUGUGAUGGGUUAUCACAUUCUCAUUUGGAGCCAGGAGGAAGCUGGGAUGCGGACAUGAGACCCAUUAAUGAAGGUGUGGGCCAAGCCAGAGCUUGGAGCCACCUGAGAACACAUCCUGUGUGAAGAGGCGACUGUGUGUUAAAGGGCCAAAGGUAUCCAAGUCUUAGGGUUGGAGCAGGGACACUGUGGCAUGGGAUACUGUGGGACUGGGACACUGGCAUGUUAACUGCUUUGGACUUAGCUCCAGAAACUUCUCCGGGGUUGGUACCCCAGGUGCUCCAAGGGUCUCUGCUGUAUCCAGCCUGGAGCCAAGCUUCUCCUGGGGCCAAGGGACUUCUCUGUUCUUUGACGUGCAGUGACAGAGGGAUCAGGUAGUGGUCCUCGGUUUGUGCUCAUGAUUGACGUGGCUAAUAAAACCAUACCCAACUGAG